AUGAGCUCUUCUUUGACCUCAAUAUUAUUAUUCCUAAUCAUCCUUAUCCCAUCCACAUCCGCCAAGACGCCAUGCUCCCCAUCUUGGCUCCACAUCGCCCACCUCGACUCCUGCUUCCUAUCUGCCCCUCAGCCAGCAGAGUUCUCCGAGGCUCAAGACUACUGUAACCAGAUGAAUAGCAGUCUUGUAGUCAUAAAUUCAGAAGACGAGGGGUCAAUAGUCCGCGAGUUUUUCGCCAGAGAAAAUCCAAGUUUCUUUAAUUGGAUUGGAAUGAGGUGGGAUGAGAGGAAGGCGGAGUUUGAGUGGGUUGAUGGGAAGAAGAGGAACUACACAUACUUUUUGCCCGACGAGCCAGGUGUCUCCGGAGAAUGUAUCGCGUGGGUUCUCGACGAUAAUCUAGACGGUUGGCAAGCCAUCAGUUGCCACUACUCCCAAUUCUUCAUGUGCCAAAAACCAGCGGAAGGAAUCGUCACCACGUGGCAUCGUGACGAUGAGGGUGUCAUCACUAGUCCCAACUAUCCCGAACCUUAUGAAAACCUGGAAUACGACACUCACAUCAUCAAGUCAGAACCGGGAACCCGGAUACUGAUGUACUUUGAGAAUGUGGAGACCGAGCAGAAUUGUGACGUCAUCACGGUGUCAGAUGAUUAUGGAAUAUCGGGCAGAACGCUGUUUAGACUCUCCGGCACCCACCGUAACCACUCAGUAAUCAGUAAUCGGAAUCACGUGAUGCUAAACUUUAAAUCAGAUGAGGAUGGUGUUGGCAAAGGUUUUCAGAUGAGAUACAGAAUACUCCGUCCACUCCCUCUGAAAGUCUUCUCCUCGAAUUCAUAUGGUACCGUAACCUCGAACAACUAUCCGACAUCUCCAGACUCCUUCCUUAUUCAGUAUUAUUUGAUUCAGUGCCCAAUGGAAUUCCACGUGGCACUUACAGCAAAAGCUAUGCAAUUGGAUAAGAACGAUCGAGUCAAAGUGCACAAUGGUGCUGAUGAAAAGUGGAAAAAGCUGAGAAUCUUCCGACAAUUCUCUCCUCAAUCCGCCGACGCUAUAAAGUCGACACAAAACUCCAUGUUCAUCUCAUAUGACACCGGAGAGCAGUACAUGUCAACUAAUCAUUGGGCAUUCGAGUAUCAAUGUGUUCCCGACGGCAAUUUGGGCGCCGAGAUUGAAAUUUAA